AUGCCCGACUCCGUAUCCAGCUCGGGCGAACAGCCGCAAAGUUCCCAACCGAAGCGCAUUCGACUGUCUCUGGCCUGCAAUCAAUGUCGCAAAAGAAAGGUCCGGUGCGAUGCGCAGACUCCAAAAUGCCACAACUGCAUCCUCCGGGGCGAUGAAUGCCAGACCACAAACCCCAGAAAUCCGAACCAGCACGCCGUACGGAAAUGGGCGGCCAAGAGCGCCAGCACACAAAGUCAGGGCGGCGGCAGUGUACAGGGGGUUUCCGAGACACCUCGAGAUCCUCUUCGCGCCGUCUCUCCGCGCCCUCGGCAGUAUCUAUCGCCGGCGUACGAUGACGGCUCCGAAGCCGAAGAUGCGGCAUUACGAAAGCUUUCAUGGGUCGCGGAGGCAUAUCGUGCCAACGCGCGAGAAAAUCACAGUCCUCAUGAGCAUGCGGAUCUGAACCCCGACAUGACGCUCAACACUGAUGAGAGUCCACAUCGGCUAAAGUUCAUGGGUGGUAGCAGUGUACAGUCUCUGACGAUGUUUGCCGAUCUUUUCUUCCGCAAACGCGGUCUUCGGCCAUUAUCGCCCUACUUCCGCUUCGGGAUGCACCACGUUGAGGAGUUCCAAUUGCCUUUAUCGUUUCAACUCCCCCCUCUGCCUCCACUUCCCACCCUCGAUGCCUACCUAGAUGUUUACAUGAAGAGGAUUCACCCUCUUUUCCCUGUCUUUGACGAGCCGACUAUCCGCUCGGAAUUAGGAAGACUUACGACACUUCAAGACGCCGAUGCGUCCGGAUCUCUACAAAAUUCCAUUGAGCCAUCCCAAGUUCCACUCCUAGUCUCCAUUUACUGCAUUAUUUGCAUCGGUGCAGAUGAAGAGACCGGAACAUUGGCCGAGAUUGGGACUCACUACCUCACUGCCGCGUACAGCCUCUUAGCGCAUGUGAUAUCCACGCCAUACUUGGCUUCGGUACAAGCUCUACUACUCCUAUCCGUAGCACUGCGUGGUCGUAGCAAAGAGGGCCAAGGAUGGCAGACUCUUGGGCAAGCUAUCCGCAUUGCCCAUUCCAUUGGCCUUCACCGACAUGCUUCAACACGGCACUCCCGCAACCCGCCAGAUACUGGAGAUUCUGCAGCUUCGCCAGGCUACCAAGCGAACCGGAAACUGAACACUCAAGUUUGGUGGGUAUGCUACACCCUCGAAAAGCUGAUGGAGCUUGAGACCGGCCGUCCAAGUGCGAUCCACGAUUCGGACUGUGACCAAAAGUUGCCGGACCCAGUUCCAGUUCCAGCACCCUCGACACUAUCGACAUCGAGCCCUGAAGCCCAGGGUGAUCGACAUACUAUUGACUACUUCCAACCUUGGGCGUCAUUAUCACGCAUUAUCAGCAGUAUAAGCGCUCACAUUUACCGCCGCUCCGGGCAAUCCCAGACAUCACGAAUCCUUCUCGGUGACACGGUCCGUCUAGAUACGGCACUAACGGAAUGGGCCCAGUCGUUACCGUCCGAGAUCCGCCCUCCAGGUCCUAAUAGUGGAAAUGCCGACCUGUGUGAUACGGGACAUCAGCACUUUGCCAUUUUCCUCGCUAUCCACUACCACCAUGCCCUCAUAUCCCUCCACCGAGCGGCCUUGGUUUUCCCAGAGUCGAUGUAUCGAACACAUAUCAACACACAAGCAGACUCGGGGGCACUGUCAUCCGUCGAACUCACAAGACUCAGACGAGGCGCAGAGAUCUGCAUUGGGUCGGCGAGAGCGAUGGCCAGACUCAUUGGCGAAAUCGCAGACGACGCAACCCCUGCGCCGCGCGGCGGUAACGGCGGAAUUUUCGCUCAGUCUCAUCACAACCGAUCAGAGUCCAUGAUUUUCACAAUGACCCAACCCCUCAUGUCCGCAGUAGCUCUCGCUCUCCACAUCCUCAAACAACCCAGCUCGCGGCUUGCCCGGUCCGACUUGGAGCUUCUGGGCAUAGCAGCACAGUAUGCGGAGGAGCAGUACACAAAGGUCACACAGAACCCCCGGUUCAUCCAAGCGUGCUCCGUUCUGCAAUCCAACAUGUCAGAGAUCGUAUCUGGCCAUCGUCAGAACCGAGCUUCAUUGAACACAACGACAACAGAACCCUGGCAGACUGCACAGACGCCGGCGAGGGACGUCGGUGAGGUAAAUGUGGAUCCAGAUAUUGACCUGAUGGACCUUGAGCUUCCGGAUUUGUCGGGUAUGUUUACCGAGAUCAGCAAUACGGACUUGUUUGGGGGUGUUCGGCUGGAACAUCUCUGGGGGAUGUUAGGCACAGAUGGGCAUUUUCCGGAUGGUACGGAACAGUGGCCACAGUCAUGA